AUGACUAUCAAGCAUUUCUCUGUGGAGUACGAUCAGAUAAAUGGAAGAGCACAUUUCUCUCCUGAAGACAAGCUCUCUGGCAGAGUGACCGUGGUGACCAGGAAAGAAACCAAAGUGCAGAGUUUGAUGGUCAAAACCAAAGGAAAAGCCAGGGUCAAAUGGUACGAUCGAGACGGACCGAUCACAACCCUUCACCAAGACAAGAAGAAUUACUUCGACUUCGAGAUGAUUAUUCUUCAGGAUAAACAUAAAGGAGAUGGUUCAGAAAUCAUUGGUCAAGGGAGAAAUGUGUAUCCUUUUACAUUUAUUAUCCCAAAUACAGAUAUGCCUUCAUCAUACGAGGGAAAAUGGGGCAGGAUUAUAUACAGUUUAAAAGCACAACUGACACUGUCAAUCUGGAGCAUCCACAAAACCAAGAUUGAAUUUCCAUUUCUCACCAAAUCUGACUUCCCCUUUGCUUCCAAAUCAGAAAUGAUAAUCAUGGGACUUCAAGAGCAGCAGUCUUCAACCAAAAUGUCAUUUUAUGGAUCUGGAAAGGUUACUUUGAAUGUUACUUCAGAAAAAAUGGGACUGAGGCAAGGUGAAACAAUGCACGUGUCUGUCCAAGUACUCAACAGCUCAACUCAAGCAGUCAUGCCCAAAUUCUACCUUUGUGAGAAACAGACCUUCGUCGCUCAGUCAAAAACAAUUGUGCAUGUAAAUGAGAUCCUCUUUGGGACCGGAGAAUCAGUCCAAGCUCAGAGCAGUGGAACCAUUCAGAAUGUUCUGAGGAUCCCUUCACAGCUCCCCCAGACCUUCUUCAACUGCUCAAUGAUGAAGCUGGAGCAUACAAUCAAGGUCACUCUUGGUGACCACCUGGCCAGAGAUCCGGACAUCAAACUUCCCCUAAUCGUUCUUUUGGGUUCGUCCAAAGCACAUCCCAAAAUAAAAACUGCACCGUUCAAGCCCACGUUGAGCAGUGAAGCAAACAAAUCCCGGUGA